AUGCACUGCGCGCAUGACUGUAGAGCGGUGGUUAUCCGGGGAUAUCGCUGCUGCUAGUUCUCUUCAGUCUAUCGUUCUCUCUUUUGGAAGAUUGACACAACUAGGUAGGGAAAAGCAAAGAAAGGAAAACAAAACACAGGCCAAAAAAAUGGCAGAGCUCGGAGCAGGCAGCCUGUUACAGGGGGAUCCUGCUUUAAAUGACCAAGAGCAGGAGCUAAACGAGCGUUUGAAGCGGCUCUAUCCGGCCGUGAACGAGGAAGAGACCCCCUUACCCCGGUCAUGGAGCCCCAAGGAUAAAUACAGCUACAUCGGGCUGUCGCAGAACAAUCUGCGGGUACAUUAUAAAGGUCACGGCAAAAACCACAAAGACGCAGCAUCCGUGCGAGCUACCCACCCAAUCCCCGCUGCCUGUGGUAUCUACUACUUCGAGGUGAAGAUUGUCAGCAAAGGGAGGGAUGGGUACAUGGGCAUUGGACUGUCCGCCCAGGGGGUCAACAUGAACAGACUGCCGGGUUGGGACAAACACUCCUACGGUUACCAUGGUGAUGAUGGGCACUCCUUUUGCUCCUCAGGGACUGGCCAACCAUAUGGGCCCACCUUCACGACGGGUGAUGUGAUUGGCUGCUGCGUGAAUCUCAUCAACAACACAUGUUUCUACACUAAGAACGGACACAGCUUAGGUGUUGCGUUCACAGACCUCCCACCCAACCUGUAUCCUACAGUAGGGCUACAGACUCCUGGAGAGAUUGUAGAUGCUAACUUUGGCCAGCAUCCUUUUGUGUUCGACAUCGAGGACUACAUGAGCGAGUGGAGGGCAAAGAUCCACAGUAUGAUCGCUCGUUUCCCCAUCGGAGAGCGACUCGGAGAGUGGCAGACAGUGCUUCAGAAUAUGGUAUCCAGCUACCUGGUGCAUCAUGGGUACUGCGCGACUGCCAUGGCCUUUGCCCGAGCCACAGAGACCAUGAUACAGGAGGACCAGGCCUCCAUAAAGAACAGGCAGAGAAUACAGAAGCUGGUAUUGGAAGGUCGUGUUGGAGAGGCCAUUGAGGCCACACAUCAGCUGUACCCCGGACUCUUAGAACGCAACCCCAAUUUACUCUUCAUGUUGAAGUGUCGGCAGUUUGUGGAGAUGGUGAAUGGUACAGACAGCGAGGUACGAUGCUUUAGUGUCCACUCCCCCAACACCCAGGACAGUUAUUCCGGUUCCCCAAGCCUUAGCCCCCGGCACGGAGCCACCAACCCCCACCUGCAUAGCACAGGAGCAGACAGUCCCACGUGCAGUAAUGGUGUGACGUCUUCUAACAAAAACAAGGGCCACACUAAAUACCCCGGAGCUGGCUCCGCCUCCUCUUCCCCUUCUUCUUCACCUUCCUCUGUCAACUAUUCAGAGUCCAACUCCACAGACUCCACCAAGUCCCAGCCACACAGCACCACCAGCAACCAGGAAACCAGUGCUGUGUGUGUGCACAGUGAUAGCGAGAUGGAGAUUGAGGCGGAGCACUACAGUAACGGAGUGGCCGAGAGUUCCUCCACCCGCAUCAUGAACGGCACCUACAAGCACCAGGAGAUCAUGCAAGGGGAUGACAGCAGCGUGGGCAAUGGAGUAGCAGAGGACAGCUGUGGUUCGAGGCAGCUGUGUGGGGGUAACCAGGCCGCCACGGAGCGCAUGAUCCAGUUUGGCCGCGAGCUGCAGGCGCUCAGUGAGCAGCUCUCACGCCAGUACGGCAAGAACGCCAUGCAUAAGAAGAUGCUGCAGGAUGCAUUUAGUCUAUUAGCAUACUCAGACCCAUGGAACUGCCCAGUGGGCCAGCAGCUGGACCCCACACAGAGAGAGGCCAUCUGUUCCGCUCUCAACAGCGCCAUCUUGGAGUCUCAGAAUUUACCCAAGCAGCCCCCUCUCAUGCUGGCACUGGGGCAGGCCACCGAGUGUGUGCAGCUCAUGGCCCGUGUGCGUUCCGGCUCCUGCUCAUUCGCCAGAGUCGACAACUUUUUGCACUAGCCCAUGUCCAGGCAAUGUUCAGGACAGUUAAGAAGAGGACUUUCCAGCCGGUUGCCAUGAGGAACACGCUUGUUUGAAACCGUGCAUUCACUUGCCGCAGGCAGUUCGGAUGAGAGACGACUAGAAACGUGGAGGAGAGGCUUCUUUUUAAUUUAGUAUUAUUAAAUACAAACUGUGUGACACUAUUUAAAGGCAAUUAAUUAUUA